UGCAGAAUCAGCGUGCAGGCAAGCAGCGAGCAAGAGGACCCUGUUAAAUUGCACUAUAACAUCGGUGUUUAAUUGAGUAGGAGGAUCAGUGCAAGACUGUGUAUAUAUAAAAAAUACACAUUUAAGCAGACAUUACAAAUUAUCGACGGAAUAUAUGCAUCAAACAUUUAUUUUCCAGUAUAUGUGAUAAAGAAUUAUUGUAGUUACCACAGGUCGUAUGAUUCUCAUAAUCCCGGCCUGUGUCUGUGCCGCGGGAUAUGCAAUGUGGAAUUUGUAUGCUCCCGUUUGGUGUUGAGUUGAAGACUGCGUACUUGGAGUAAACGUUGUCAAACAGUAAUUUGCAUGCAACUUGUUGGACUGCAUGGUUCAGCUAUCGUUCUCAAAUGAGCGCCUCUGGAGAUCCGCAGUCGAAAAUCGGGGGAGAGUUGAAACUAGAAGCCGUUAUUCAGAGGCUGGAGGAGAGCGUGCUGUCGUCAGGAGACGAGAAGAGCUUCACCCUGCGAGGCGACGCCCACGACUCCCCGCCCACCCCGCUGCCUGCACGAAUUAGAGAGAUCGUCACCAAGAACCUGAGUGAGGACAGUACAGUAGCAGAUCUCACUGUUCGUCCUGCUCUCUCACUCUCGGCUCCAGUAGCCAUGGCCUCCGUGAUCUCUCUCCAGGAGGAGAACAGGAUCCUCCAGCAGGAGCUGUCCCGGGUCGAGGACCUGCUGGCUGAGAGCCGAGCCGAGCGCGAUGAACUGGCCAUCAAAUACAACGCCAUCAGCGAGCGGUUGGAAGAGUCUUUGCGUCUGAAGGGGGAGGAUGCUGUGACAAACGCAGAUCUGGAACAGCCAAUCAGCUGGCAGUGUGGAGAUUUGGGUGCUGAUGGGGCAGAGCUAAGGCCACGUAGUCCUCUGCUGGAGCAGACCCUGCGCGUGGAGACGGGUGAGCGAGACCGGGAGUCCCUGGAGAGCCGCAGCUUGGCUCAGCAGAACAUGGAGCUGCGGAGACGGCUGGACGAGGAGCAGGCUGCGUACAAACGCAAGCUGCAGGCUUACCAGGAGGGGCAGCAGAGGCAGGCCCAGCUAGUACAGAAACUACAGGCCAAGGUGCUGCAGUACAAGAAGAAGUGUGGGGAGCUUGAGCAGGUUGUGCUGGACAAAUCAACUGAGCUGGAGCAGCACUGCAUGACUAGUCGCCUGGACCUCUCCACCGGCCGACUUCGUCCCGAAGAGGAGGAGCAUAGCAACGACCUGGAGAAUGCACUCAUCCGAUUGGAGGAGGAGCAGCAGAGGAGUGCCAGCCUCGCCCAGGUGAAUGCCAUGCUCCGGGAGCAGCUUGACCAGGCCAACUCAGCCAAUCAGGCACUGAGCGAGGACAUCCGCAAACUCACUGCUGAUUGGACGAAGGCCCGAGAGGAGCUGGAGCAGAGGGAGGUUGAUUGGAGGAGAGAGGAGGAGUCCUUCCACACCUACUUCAGCAGUGAGCACAGCCGCCUGCUAGCCCUGUGGAGACAAGUGGUGGGCUUCCGCCGGCACAUCUGUGAGCUCAAGAGCGCCACGGAGAGGGACCUCUCGGAGGUGCGGAACGAGCUAGCCAAGGCCUCCCGCAGCGCCCACGCCUCCUGUCUCAACCUGGGUGCCAACCUGCGAGCCAGCGAGAGCUCCUCCACCCUGGCGCUGGACAAGCAGAGCGCCCGGCAGGCACAGCUGGAGGAGCAGCUGCGUGACAAGGUGCGAGACAUGAUCCAGAUGCAGGCCAGAUGUGACACGGAGAAAGCAGAGCUCAACGCCAGGAUUACAGAGCUGAUGGUGGAGGUGGAGAGGAUGAAGACCCAGGGGGAGGAGAAGGAGAAAUCCAGCACCUCUCUAACUCAGAGGCUGGAAGCCCUGGAGGGCAGUCUCUCCCAGGAACAGGCUGAGCGAGAGCAGGAGGAGGUGGAGGCGCUGAGAGCUGAGAUUGAAGUACUGCAGCAGGCUCUCCGUGACAUCACACAGGCUGUGCUGGCGGACUCUGACACGGGGGUCCCUGUGCCCCCCCUCGAGGGAGAGCAGGACCUGAUGGGCUCUCUGGGCGGGGUCUCAGUCCUGCGCAGCCCCUCCCCUCGCCGGGGUGCUUCUCCUCGCAGAUCAGCCUCCCCUCGACGCAGCUUCUCCACCAGCCUCGCUGACCCCACGCUGGGGGCCGUUCGAGCUGCCCUCACCAACAGACAGAUCCACUUACAGGAGCUGCGAGGGCGCUACGAGGGGGCCCAGGAUCUGGUGGCAUCUCUGAGGCGGCAGCUGGCCGAGAGCGAGACGGAGCGGCGGGCUCUCGAGCAGCGGGCACAGCAGCUGAGCGAGGAGAGAGAGGAGGCCGGGCGAGCCAAGGACGCCGCGCAGAGAGAUGCUGACAGACUUCGCUCCUCCACUGAACACAUUGGCAGUGAGAAGACCAGCCUUGGGAAGGCGCUGCAGGCCCUGCAGGAGAGAGUGGAGACGCUGCAGCAGGAAGGCGAGAGGCUGCAGCUCACCAAUGCAGCGCUGCAGAGAGAGAGGGACUGCGAGAGCGAGGAGAAAGAGGGGGCUCUGAAAGAGAGGGAGCGAGCCAGGGCAGAGACUGAGAAGGGGCUGAAGCAGCUGGAGCAGGCCGAGGCUCGCUGCUCGGCCCUCAGGAAGGAGCUGGCCCUGGUGAAGGAGGCUCUGCAGAGACAGACACUGGACAAGGAGGUGCAGGAGACGGAGAAGGCUGGGCUGGCUGAGGCUCUGUGCAGGGCGGAGACCAGUGUUGCUGAGCUGACCCUGACCUGCAACAGACUCAAGGUAGAGGAGUCGACCCUGCGUGACUCCCUGGCUAAAAUGAGCUCCCUGAACGAGGGGCUGGCCCAGGACAAGAUCCAGCUCAACAAGAUCAUCAUCCAGCUCGAGGAUGAGAAGGGCUCUCUAAUGGGUCAGAAGCGGGAGGUGGAGCAGGAGAAGGCCUCGAUCCGAGACGAGCUCGUCCGAUUGGAGCAGGAGAAGCUGGACCUGGACUCCGCCCGCCACGGCCUGGACCAAUCGCUGCAGGACGUGGAGCAGAGCCAGGAGGUGCUGGAGGAGAGGCUGCGGGCACUGCAGGGGCAGCGGGCUGAGCUACAAGAACAGCUGGCACAGGUCACCCGCCAGCGCUCCUCCCUCCUGGAGGACCUGUCCCAGGCUCAGCGGGAGGUGGAGCGCCAGGGGGAGGGGCUGGUUCGAGCGGCCCGAGAGAAAGAGGAGCUGACCAGAGAGAAGGCCAGCCUGGUGGUGCAGCUGACCGCGUCCGAGCGGGAGAACCACAGCCUGGCUGAAGAGGUGGCCGCAUUCAGGUCGGAGAGAGAGGCUCUGGAGACCAGCCUCUUCGAGAUGCAGCAGCAGCUGGUUCAGCUGGAGUCUCGGAGGGAGCAGCUGGAGGCAGAACACCAGGCCCUGCUGCGGGCCAAGGAGGCACUGCAAGCCGAGUUGAAGCGAGUGCGGGCAGAGGCUGAGGUCGGACUGGUCAAGCUGGAGCGAGACAAGGAGCUGCUGGUGCAGAAGCAGAGCCAGACCGAGCAGGAAGCCCAGGUCACACUGCGGUCAGCUCUGACCGCUCAGCAAGAGGAGACUGACCGCCUCACCCACGAGAAGGAGGCACUGAGGCUCACACUGGAGGCACAGCGGGACGAGAUUCUGUACACGCUGACUCGAGAGCGUGAGGAGAUAGUGUCUCGCUACGAGGCUGAGAAAGAGGAGCUGAACAAGGAGAUCACAGAACUGCAGCAAGAGAGGGACCAGAGCCUGCUGAUAGCGGAGAGUGAGAAGCAACAGGCCCUGUCACUGAAGGAGUCAGAGAAGACGAUCCUCUCGGAGAAACUGACCAGCGUCCAGCACGAGCUGGGUACCACCAGCAUGGAGCUGGAGAGGGUCCGACGGGAAGCACAGAGCAGACAGGAGCAGGAGCGGAACACCGUGAGAAAUCUGACGACUGAACUGAGGGAGUUCCGGACCCAGUUUGAGGACGCGGUGACGGCUCACGAGAGGGAAGUGAAGAGCCUGCAUGAGCAGAACAAGGAGGUGGGGAGGCAGAAGGAGAGCGUGCUCAGAGAGCUGGAGGAGGCCCGCACAGCGGUUCGUCUGGGAGAGGAGGCGCGGGAUGGGGUGCGGAGGGAGCUGCUGGAGGCUCAGCGCAGGCUGCGAGAGGCACAGGACGUCCGGGAGAGCCAGCGCAAAGACAUCCUGGAUCUGCGACGCAGCCUGGGGGACCAGGACAAGGAGAGAGACACCCUGCACGCCUCCAACACGGAGCUGAGAGAGGCUGUGAAGAGAGCAGAGAGCGAGAGGAUCAGUUUGAAGAGGCUGAAUGAGGAGAAGGAGCAGAAGCUGGCUGUGCUGGAGGAGAGCCGAGCCGCAUCAGAGCGAGAGGCCGCGGAGCUGAGGGCGGGGCUUCGCGAGGUCGAGAGGUCAAGGCUAGAGGCCCGCAGAGAGCUGCAGGAGCUCCGCCGCCAGGUGAAGCUCCUGGACAGUGAGAAGGAGCAGAGGGGCCGGGAGGUGGCUGAGCUGCAGGCUCGGGUCUCUCUGGAUGAGCAGAGGGAGGGGGACACACGCAGGGAAUCCUUCGGACUCAAGCAGAGGAUCAUGGAGACUGAGGCUGUCCGGGACAGCGCACGCAAGGAGGUUUCCAGCCUCCAGCGCAGGAUGACGGAGUUGGAGGCGGAGUGCCGGCUGCGCGAGAGGGAGCUGGCAGCCCAGCUGGAGGAAGCGCGAGGCAACGAGAAGAAGCUGCAGGACAACACGCGCAACCUGGAGCUGCGGGCUGAGCAGGCGCGGGGGGAGCUGACGGAGCUGGGGCUGGCACUGAGUGAGGCACAGGGGCGCAUCUCCGGCCUGGAGGCGGAGCUGACACGACUCGACGGGCACAAGAGAGAGCUGGAGUUCAAACUGGGCAGCCUGCACUCCGCCCUGAGCCGCACCCUGGGCAUCGGGGGGCGGGGCCGCGGGAACAGCCCCGCCCUCCGCGGACGCAGCCACUCCCCUCGGCGCUCACUCUCACCACCUAAAGGACUGGAUGAGAGCAGGAGGAGCCCCCUGGCUCGGAUGGAGACCCCAGAGAGAGGCCCCGCCUCCAGACCCGCCUCCCCUGACCGCACGGACACACCCUUCCCAGAACUGGACCCUGAGACAGUCCGGAGUGCGCUCAGAGAGUUCCUGCAGGAGCUGAGAGACACGCAGAGAGAGCGGGAUGAGGCCCGUACACAGUCCGGGACUCUCGCUCGGCAGCUCGGGGAGAUGGAAGAAGAUCGAGACGGGACCCAGCAGAGGCUGCAGCAGCUGCAGAAAUCCCUGGCCGAGUGCGAGGAAGGGAAGCGUGGUGCAGACGGCCGGCUCAGCUCUGCUCAGACCGCUCUUAUGCUGCAGGAGGAACUGAUUCGGCGCAGUGAGCGCGAGCGCAAGGCUCUGCUGGACAAGGUGGCCACGCUGGAGAGGAGUGUGCAGGGAGCAGAGAGCGAGCGCCGUGGCACGCAGGAUAAGAUAAACAAGCUGAAGGCCGGCGAGGCGAGGCUGGAGGCAGAGAGGAGGAGGCUGAAGGAGGCUCUGGAGGCAGCAGAGAGCAGAGGCACCAAGCUGGAGCUGGCCAGGCGCGCUCUGGAAGGGGAGCUGCAGAGAAUGAAGCUGGGGCUGGGGGACAAGGAGACUGAGAUCCAGGCGGCACAGGACCGCAUAGACACUCUGCAGAGACAGGUGUCGGACAGCGAGCUGAAGGCCAGCGCCCUGAAGCUGGAGCUGGAUCGGCUGCACCUGGCCCUGGCGAGGGUGGAGGAGAGCGAGGGCACACUGAAGGAGCGUCUCCAGAGCCUUGCGCAGUGCGUGGCAGAGAGCAACACCAGCCAGGCCGCCGCCCAGGACCGCUUGCUCACCCUGCAGAAGAGCCUGAGCGCCAGUGAGCAGGAGCGUCGCCUCCUGCAGGAGAGGUUGGAGAGCGCGCGGUCGUCUGUCUUGGAAGGAAAGAAGAAUGCCGGGAUGCUGAGUGAGCGUGUGCAGACUCUACAGAGCGAGCUGGGGGAGAUGGAGCUGAAAAGGGGAGAGCUGGAGGGGCAACUGCAGCAACACCAGGAGUUGUUGCGUCAGCGCAUGAAGUCGGAGGAGGCUGCGCUGAGAAGCCUGGAGAAGCUGCAGGGAGAGCGGGCUCUGGCGCAGGAAAGGCUGAGGAGUCUGCAGAGGGCCAUAGCCCAGCUGGAGAGCGAGAAGAGGGAGGCGGAGAGGGCCGCAGUCAGGCUGGAGAAAGACAAGGCAGCUCUCCGCAACACACUCGACAAGGUUGAACGUGAGAAGUUGAAGAUGGAGGAGGGGAGCAUGCGUCUGUCAGCGGAGAAGGGGCGUCUGGACCGCUCGCUGAGCUCUGUGGAGCAGGAACUGGUGGACUCUCAGAGACAGAUCCAGCUGCUGCAGGCCCAGCUUGGUGAGAUGGAGCAGACGCAAUCCCAGGGCCUCACGGAGGUGUCUCGGAGACUCCAGCAGGAUAUGCAGCAGGAGACGGAGCGGCUCCGGGGAGCUCAGCUGCAGGCCGAGAGGACUCUGGAGGCGCGAGAGAGAGCACACCGACAGCGUGUCAAGGGGCUGGAGGAGCAGGUCUCCACGCUGAAGGAGCAGCUGCAGCAGGAACUCCGAAGGCGCCAGCCUCACUUCUCCCACUCCUCCAUCCUGUCUGGAAACUGAGACACAGACCCUGCACCCCUGUACACACUGAAACGUUCCUUCCAUGCAACCCUCACAGGAGAACUGAUCCCAUCAGCUCUAAUGACACUGAAAUAGGAUUUUAACUACUGGCCAUAAGUGUUGAACAGGUAACAGCCCCCUGAACACUGGUGGCAAGAGGAGGCUUACUCUCACCCAGGCCUCUCUGGGUAAAUAGUCUCAAACUGAUUUCCCAUUAAUAUGUUCUUAUUGAUAUUUUAAAGUUUGGCUUUUAUGUAGAAUCUCAAAUGCUGUUUCUGGCGUGGUAACCCAGUACAUUUAUUUUUAAAUCUAUAAUGAGGCUGAUUUUAAUAACUGGUUGCAUAGUAUACAUCUUUGUGUACGGUGGGUUGGGGACAUUCUGAUUGGUGGAGGAGACGGGACACGCACAGGUCAUUUCCUUUGCAAGUCAUUCCUUAACACUAUUUUUGAAUUGCCUUUUUAAAAAUCACUUUUAGUUUAGUCUUUUUUUUUAUAAACAAUUUUUGGUACAACAUUGUAUUGUACAUUUAGACUGUGACAAUUAAUUUUAUAUAAAAUAGCACUUUAUCAGUAAUAGACAACCGAAAUUACCACUAAUAUUUUCUGUGAUUUUUAUUAUUCAACAGUGUUAAUGUCUGUGGUGCUACAAACAGGAAGUGAUGCAGUUUCUUGCCAUGUAAAAUGGCAUCAUAUAUUAUGAUCAAAUUACAUUGCUGAAGGAUAUGCAAGUUCCUAUCCUCAAUAAUAAUCAUUGCAACUGUACCAAUUUAUAUAAUCUUAGAAAUGUGUUUGAUAUCGCUGUUCAUUAUUAUUUGCUUCACGUCACAACACUAAAUCGCAAAGCAAGGACACAAAGAUGUUUAUAAUAACUGUCAGUGUCAUGACUAUUUGAAGGUAGCAGUUAUUUUUGGUACUGUAUUUUAAUAAACUUAAUUAUAUUAUCACAUUUUUCAACUAAAACUAAAUGGCAUCAGAAACCUACAAACACACCUUACCUUAAGAAAUGUAUGUUAAACCAUACCAGCACUUUGUAAAGGAGGACGUAGAAAACAAAUCUAUAAUUCCUUCACAAUGAUUUAAGAAAUACUGGUUUUGUGGGUGGCUUGAGAGUACUGUGAAGUAAGGUUUUUGGUUUGUUAGACAUCCAGAAAAAUAUUAAAUCAAUAAAGAAAUAAAUACAAAAAAUAAGACGCUGCUUAAGCCAGCUUGGUUCCCCACUCUUACCUCAUGAUUACAUCACGAUUACAUCACUAAAACUCACAGAACGUUGGCUCCUGAACAUUCCAAUAUGUCAAGGUAACAAACCAACUGUUUACCUGAGCGAUCUGAAGACUGUUUUACUGUUUGGAAGUGUGUCUUACAUUUUUUCACUAGAUAUAUUACAGGUUUCUUGCGUGUAACAAUAAAUAGAAAAAACUGCUGUCAAAAAA